AUGGCACAACCGCUGGUGAAUUCCUGCUGCCGGUGCUACUCGCUCCGCAGCGGUUCUAUUGCGACCGGCAUCCUCGGCAUACUGCUGUCGAUCAUCUCCAUCAUACUGAUCUUCACCGUCCGGAUCGACUUCAAAACCAUCCUGAUGGAUUGGCUGCCCCAGAACGUGGUGAAAAUCAUCUACGCGCUGAACCUGGUGAUGACCAUCUUGAUCUCGCUGCUGAUGAUCAUGGGCGUGAUGAAGAAAAACCAUUUCUUCAUGAUGCCGUGGGUCGUGCUCGGGCUGAUGCUCGCGAUCGGGCUGCUGAUUAGCGUGAUUUACAAUGCGGUCGUUUACUUCAUCGAUGGAUACAUUUUGGGUGGAUCGCUUUGGCUUGCGAUUGGGUUGCUUGCGGUUGUUGUUUACGUGUACCUGUGGAUCGUAGUGUAUAGUUACUUUGUAUCGUUGAAAAAUGAAAACGAUCGUGGCCGUUACUCGAAGCAACCGUAUCGCCGAUAG